CGAGAAUUUUGAAAAUGAAGAAAUCAGUUGUUGUAACUUCAGUGCUGAUGACGUUGGUACUUAGUUUAGAUGUACAUUUCUGUCUUGGUUUUGUUAUUUCAGAAAGAGUCGAAACGGUGGACAUUCCAUCGUAUGAAAAAAGAGAAUCGCCUGAAGAUUUACUUGAAGCUGUGAAGUUGUUGUUCAAUUUGGAGGAAAGCAAAAAUGAGAGUUUGGAAAGGCUGAAGCAAAUUUUAAAAGCAAACAAGUCUGCAAAUGGAACGGGCUCGUCAACGUCUACCUUAUCUUCACCGAUUUCGGCAACUUCAUCGUUAGUUUCAUCAUUACCGACGGGAAAACUAACAUUUAAACAAUUCUUAGAAAUUCUCGAAAAACUAAAUAUUUAUCCUGUGCAUGAAGAAGUUAUUCAACUUAUUGAAUCCAAUUCAGACCGAAUUAAUAAGUUGUACGAAGUUUUAAAAAAGGAGAUGAAUGACGAUGAUUGUGGUGAUGAUAUUUUCGAAUGCCUUUGGGAUUUGUUUAAUUGAUGAGCAAGAAAAAUGUUUUAGUAUCCAGCGAAUCGAGUAUUACAGCCAAAUUAGUUAUGGAAAGACGCGUUCGGUGUCCGCUAAAGAAUAUCUAUUGCUGAUGGUCAUAAACAAUAUAACGAUAGAUUGAUUUAGCUUAGACCUAUCGGUAUGUUUGUUUAUGAAAUGGUUCCGGUGGAGCAGCACGCCAUUCUCACAUUUUUCGGUUAAAGAUAGUCAUCAAAAC